AUGCCAGCCUCCGAGGCCGCGGCGGUUAGCGGUUCCACGACCUCAGUUGGGUUGGAUGCGAAAACGGCGGUCCUAGAAGUGGUGUUCGCAAGUGGGCAAGAUAUAUUUGACCCAUCGGAGACAGCUCAGGUUGCCCAGGAUCUAAAUCCAGGAAAGCAACUCCAUGUUGGUUGUGUUGCAAGGUAUCUUCCGACGGAGGAGGGCUCAGGAGGUGGUUUAGAAGCAGGCUUACGAUUGAGAACGAUAAACAUCGGCCGGGCUGUAAAAUGGAACCCGGAGCUGGCUCCUUGGUAUUCCAUAUCCGAUGAUAUAGGUCAUAUUGACCGAUGA